CUAACACAGUGUCCGAUGGAGCUUUCUUACCAGGCCCUGAAAUUCACGCACCAGGCGCGGGAAGCGUGCGAGAUGAGGAUGGAAGCACGCCGCAAAAACCUUCUCAUCUUGAUUUUGCAUUAUUUAACACAAGAAGGUUACAUUGAGGCAGCCAACGCUUUGGAGCAAGAAACUAAACUGGGGUUACGACGCUUUGAAGUGUGUGACAACAUUGACCUUGAAACUAUCUUGAUGGAAUAUGAGAGCUACUAUUUUGUUAAAUUUCAGAAAUAUCCCAAAAUUGUGAAAAAAGCUUCAGACACAGCAGAAAAUAAUUUACCACCAAGAAGUGGCGGGAAAACCAGAAGGAUGCUGAGUGACAGCUGUCAAAACCUUCCCAAGAUCAAUCAGCAGAGGCCACGAUCCAAGACCUCUGCGGGCAAGUCAGGGGACGCCAAAUCUCUCGCAAAGGAGCGUCCGAGGCAGGAAGGUGUCAAUAGCGCUCGUUUGCAGAGUGCUGACUUUGGCUUAAAAAUAUCAAGGAUCAACAAAGACAGUGGAGAGGACAACGCCCACCCACGAAGAGGCCAGAUCAUUGACUUCCGGGGGCUGCUCUCAGAUGCCAUCAAAGGAGCCACCAGUGAAUACGGCUUGAACACCUUCGACUGUAACCCAGACCCCUCUGAACGGCUGCUGAAGCCUCUCAGCGCAUUUAUUGGCAUGAACAGCGAGAUGCGAGAACUGGCAGCCGUGGUGAGCCGGGACAUUUAUCUCCAUAAUCCAAACAUAAAGUGGAAUGACAUUAUUGGACUGGAUGCAGCGAAGCAGUUAGUCAAAGAAGCUGUUGUAUAUCCUAUACGGUAUCCACAGCUGUUCACCGGGGUUCUUUCUCCCUGGAAAGGACUACUGCUUUACGGCCCGCCAGGUACGGGAAAGACUCUGCUGGCCAAAGCCGUGGCCACUGAAUGCAAAACCACCUUCUUUAACAUCUCCGCGUCCACCAUCGUCAGCAAGUGGAGAGGGGAUUCAGAAAAACUCGUUCGGGUGCUGUUUGAACUUGCCCGCUAUCACGCCCCCUCCACGAUUUUCCUGGACGAGCUGGAGUCGGUGAUGAGCCAGAGAGGCAUGGCUCCUGGGGGAGAACACGAGGGAAGCCUUCGGAUGAAGACAGAGUUGCUGGUGCAGAUGGAUGGGCUGGCGCACUCGGAGGAUCUAGUGUUUGUCCUAGCAGCUUCUAACCUGCCAUGGGAGCUGGACUGUGCGAUGCUGCGCCGCCUGGAGAAGAGGAUUCUGGUUGAUCUCCCCAGCCUGGAGGCCAGGCACGCCAUGAUCCGCCACUGGCUGCCCCCUGUGAGCAAGAACAGAGCCCUGGAGCUGCGUGCAGAGCUGGAGUACAGUGUGCUGGGCCAGGAGACUGAGGGCUACUCGGGCUCUGACAUCAAGCUGGUGUGCAGGGAGGCGGCCAUGCGGCCUGUGCGGAAGAUCUUCAGUGCUCUGGAAAAUCACCAGUCAGAGAACAACAAUUUAGCUGGGAUCCAGCUGGACACAGUGACCACGGCUGACUUUCUGGACGUCCUAGCACACACCAAGCCGUCUGCAAAGAACCUGGCUCACAAGUACUCAGCCUGGCAGAGAGAGUUCGAGUCUGUUUAAAAACGCAUCGCCCCUGACCUGGCCUCAGUUCCUCUGGAAGAGUGGAUUCGUUUGGACCAUGUCUUGUUUUGGAAAUCGGAGAUAUUUUCAUUAAUCUUUCAUGCUGUCAACAAAACACUUAAAUUUCAGUUUUAUGUACUCUUGCCCUCAGGCACACAGUGGAGAUUUUCUCACCCUUGGGCCCCAUAAAGU